CACUGCUAAAGGUUUUGAUAUAGGAACUGGGACCAAUUGCAUUUACCCUCUUCUUGGUGCAUCUCUUCUGGGUUGGAAGUUUGUUGGCUCUGGUAGCCCCCUCUAAUUUAUUUUACUGAUGUAGCUUUGGAGUGGGCAGAGAAAAAUGUCAAAAGCAAUCCUCAUAUUUCUGAACUGAUUGAGAUCAGAAGAGUUAACAUGGAAAACCCAGCAUCUUCCAGUGAGGAGUUGAAUGAUGAAGCAGGAAAAUAUGGCCAAUGUACAGACGCAGACUUCGACAAUGGAAAGGCUGUUGUCAUUGGGCCUUCACCUCCUGCUCAUCUCCAAAUGCACUCAGGUAUAGGAAAAGGUUAUGGUGGACAACCUAUACUUGUUGGUGUAGUCAAGGAUGGGGAGAAAUUUGACUUUUGUAUGUGCAAUCCUCCAUUUUUUGAGACGAUAGAGGAAGCUGGAUUAAAUCCAAAGACUUCUUGUGGUGGGACUGUGCAGGAGAUGGUUUGUCCCGGGGGAGAGAGUGCUUUUAUCACUCGCAUUAUUGAGGAUAGUGUUCAACUAAGGCAAUCAUUUCGGUGGUACACCUCAAUGGUUGGAAGAAAAACUAACCUAAAGGUACUGAUAUCAAAGCUUUGGGAGGUUGGAGCAACAAUAGUAAAGACAACUGAAUUUGUGCAAGGCCAAACAUGCCGAUGGGGCCUUGCCUGGUCAUUUCUCCCUGCUUCCAAGAAGAUUGUACCAUCUCAUGUGGCUGAAAAGAAUAACAUGUCAUUCAUUCUUGAGGUCUGAUAUUUACUAGCCUUUUAUUCGGUCAUCUGGGCAAUCAUGGGGAAAUUGAUUAUUCUGAUAAAACAGAGCUCAAAUAUCAUAAGUUUGUCAGUGAAAAUUAGAAGUGGACUUUAUGUUCCAGGACCCAAGGUCUGCAGCGCCAUCAUAGUGCCUUCAAUGUAUUGCAAUCAGUGGAAUCCUACUUCUGCAAUAUUGGUGCAUCC